AGCGCCAGCUGUCAGUGAAAACUAGCAAGACUGCUUAUGUUUGGGAGCGUGUUAUUUUGAGAUUUUUAAAUGAAUUUUUACAUUUACCUCUUUCUGUUAUAAUUGUUCUUAUAUAAGAUUUAAGUUAAGCUUGAAUGAAAAGAUGAGCACGUAUUUUAUUCCCAUUUUCUAAUGUGCUCAGUGUUGAGAUAGCUGUAGCUAGCUAGCUAGCUAGCUAGCUUGUUGUUAGCCACGGGCAAAUCUGGUGCAGACAGGUUUUGCACUGUACACUUAGCUCAUGUGGAAGUCAUUGUUCACGGACGCAAAAGUUGUAUCGUAAAGGCCUGUAAAGACAAUGCGGCUUUAUUACGGUGCUAAUCGUGUACUGCGAAUAUUUGUGGUUUUGAAUAAUGUUUUCACACCAUUAUGAAUUUAACUCACUAAUGCUUGGUCAGUAACAUAUAGUAGUAUUAAGACCUAAAUUACUUUAUCUGUUGUACUGCAAGAAGGGAGUUUACCAAGUUCGUGGUAUAAUAACUGUAUUCAUUAUCAGAGAGGUCAGCGGUUGUCUAAGUAAGAAAACAUGGACAAGAAAUCGUUUGAUAUAGUCUUGGAUGAGAUAAGAAAGUGCGUCCUUACCGAUCAGCGAGUUAAAGCCAUAGAGCAGGUGCAUGGAUAUUUUUCCAGUGAGCAGGUGAUGGAGAUACUGAAAUACUUCUCAUGGGCAGAACCACAGAUCAAAGCAGUUAAAGCCCUGCAACAUAAAAUGGUUGCAGUCCCUACAACCAAAGUCGCAAAUAUCCUGAAUUGCUUCACUUUCUCUAAGGACAGACUGAUUGUCCUGGAGCUGAUAGCUUUGAACAUUUUAGAUGCUCAAAAUUACCGUCCUGUGGAGGAUCUGUUUCGUAUACACUUGUCUGAGAAGAAGCGUGCUCGCAGGAUACUGGAGCAAGUGUGCAAGGUUGGCUGCAGGGCUCCUGUAGCCAUGAUCUCCUCCUGUGGUAUGAUACCAGGAAAUCCAUACCCUAAAGGGAGACCAAGCCUGGUCACUGGCACGUUCCCUGGAAACCCACUGAAAAAAAAAGAUGGGGAGAAAAAAGAUGAUGCCGCUAACAGUAUGGAGGGAAAAGGAAUUGCUUCCCGGAUUAUUGGACCUUUCAAACCGUUUCCUUCGACCUACAACCCUCAUCGACCUGUGCCCUACCCUAUACCACCAUGCCGACCCCAUGCUACUAUUGCACCAAGUGUGUACAACAACGCAGGCCUUGUUUCUGUGGGAGGGGUUAUAACAACCAGCGUGGCCCCUCCCCCCUACAACUCCACCCACAAAGUAGCAGGUUAUGCCAAACCAGGCAAUCCACAGAACACCACACCUGGAGUCAACAGUGGGCCCCUCCUUAUCCUUCCUGGGUCCACUCCUCCUGCCUCUGUCCCACCCCAGGCUUCUCCUGCCCAGCCCCCUCCCACAACUCCCAUCACACCAGUUUUCCCUGGCAUGGUGCCCUCGCACAACCCUAAUGCCCCCUCUCCCUCCCCGGCUCCCUCCCCAUCUGUCAUCAAAGCAGGACCACAGACCCCUAGUGAUCAUGGUACACCUACACCCUCAUCUGUCAUUAAAGCCCAUACCCCCUCAGGCACCCCUUGUGGAACUCCUGUUUCCAGCAGUGGGGGCUUCAUCUCAUCCCCCUUUCAUGCAGUUUCCCGACCAGGCACCCCUGCUACCUCUCGUGGAGGCUCAGACCCCCUGUCUCAGGUGAACUCCAUGGGCUCAACUCAGCAGAAGAUUUUUUCCCAGUCCACACCCACAGACCACCAGUCAGGACCCACCUUCCCCGGCAUACAGUCACAAGCAGGUAACCUGUCUGGGUCAGUGAUCCGAAGUUAUACCCCCUCUGGACCACCAUCUCUCCCUCCUGGAUCAUCCACUCCAGCAAAUCCGAGCUGUUCCACCCCAGGUCCCAGUCCCAAGCCCUCACCAGUUCAUUCUGCACAGACACAGGCUACCAUGGCUGUCACUGUCACUGGAGGCCUGAACAGACACACUGGGAGUAGCAGUAGUGGCAGUAACAGCCCUGUACCUUCUGCUUUUAAGGGCACCUCUCGCUCUGGCACACCAUCUGUUAGCUCUCUAGUGGUACCAGGUUCUGCACAGGCGGUCCUGGCAUGUUCCUUGGGUCUUUCACACCCCUCAGGUUCUCCACAAGUCUCUCUCCCUGGUCCUGUUGCUAUCACUGGCAUCCAAGCUCUGUCCUCCAGCCCAGCACCCUCUCAUUAUCCCAGUCUGUCCCCUUUCCCUUCCCUUUCUUCCUCUCUUCCUCCUUCCACCAUCCCUUCAUCCAUGCCUGCAAUGCCUCUCACUACCAGCAUUUCUAACCACACACCAACUUCCAUCUACCAAGGUUUGGCUCCCAGUGCAGCCCCCACUGCAGCCUCCCCUUUUGGUCUAGGCCUCACUUCUGCCCCCACUAUAUUCCCAGGCCUUCCACCUGGCCCUAGCCCCACUGCCUUCCCAGGACUGAGUGUGUCAGGAGGGCAUGGGGCUGGGAGCCCUGUAUUGUCUUCAUUCAUGGGAUUGCCAGGUACAACUCCAUCUUCAGUAGCAUCGGUGGCGCCACUGCAAACAGCAGCGGCAGCAGCUGGGGCUCCAUCAUCAUCACCAGUUUUACCAGGUUUUGCAUCUGCCUUCAGCUCCAAUUUCCAGACUGGGUUGAGCAGUGGACUCCAGCCUCCAGGAAGCAGCGGGUUCCCCGGCUUGCUCUCUUUUUUCUCUCCCUCUGCCUCCUCUACUAGCCUUGGUGGCCUCCACAACCCAACCAUGCAGUCUGCCCUGCUGCAGGCUCACCCCACUUCUGCUUUGGAGAGCUUUCCAACUCAGGCCAACAGUUUCACCAAUUACCCUCCAGGCCCAGGAAACCCCUUUCCCCUCCAACCAGGCCUGCACCCACAGUUGGGUUGGCAGUGAAACCCACAGUAUGCUUUGAAACACUGAGCAGACUUGCACACUGACCUCAAUCAUACACCCUAUCCUACCCAUCGGCAGUUGAUAUGCUUUCUUUCUGGGCCUUGAACCCUACAGAGCACAGGACACCAGAUGGAGAGUUUCAGUACUGUGUAUGUUACAGCCAGAGUGGCAUACUACUGUGAGGAGCACUACCAUGAAAACAGCUGAAGCAGUGUUUGGAUAAGACGGUAUAUUUCUUAUAUUAUUCAUGGAGAGCAGUUGUAAAUACAGUUGUCAAAGUUGUUUGAGGUUAUAGAAGUAGACUGUGACUGGUUUUAAUGUUACCUGGACUUGGCUGUUUUUAAUCACGUUUGUCCACAUUUAUUAGUGAAUAAUGAUGAAUUAUAGAAAAAGUGAAAACUGUACCUAAUAUUAUGUAAUGAAUUGACAGUAGCCUCGUGUAGUAUUUUAUGUUCGGUCUCAGUGGAAAGGAAAUGCUUACGAUACUGAUUUAGUGUCCUGUUUGAAGACUGUUUUAUGACAUGAACUUUUUUACUGACUUAGGGUAUAUGGAAUUAUAUUUUGAAGUGGACACAUCUUAAAUAUUUUUAAAAAGCUAGCGAUAUGUCAGUGUUGGGAGUGGUGUACCCAGAACUACUGUUUGGCAGCUCUGCUCAUGUUAAUUUCAGUAAAUACACUAUCAGCUGUGUACCGGUAUUCACAUUUUGUGUUUACAGUUAGUUUUUUUUUUUUUGACAGAUGUGACCCUGGUAAUUCUGAUACUACAGUAUUUGCUCAUGCAUACUGUAGGAAAACAUUUCUUAGAACAACAAAAGCAUCUGUUGAUUGAUAUGUACACUUGGGGUGUCUAACUAUAUUCUUCAGCUAUGCUCUGCAACAUAGUGAAAACUGUCAUUUUUCAUCAUUUGCUGUACAGAUCACUGGUUCUCUAAUGUACAGGAGGUCACCCUGAGACAGUUUCUUUGCUUGAGUAAUAGACAUUUUGUUUGAAAUUGCGCUGUUUUGUUUAUUUAGUCAUUUUUUUGUAUUUGUACCGGUUUCAUAUUUUGUCAGUAAACUGCUGGUUGCUCUCUCUAUGCAGUGCCAUACUCAUCAAGCAAAUGCUGAAAGUAAACAAAAUAAUCCAAAAAUAAAUAAAAAGGGAAAACAAAUGAAAAAGAACCUUAAUGCAACUUAAGACAGCUAGGCAUGCAGAUCCCAUAUAACUGUGAUAUUUGCUUAAGAGCUUUGCUUAACGGGUGUUACGCCCCUCUUUUCAACUAGCGAUCAAUAGAACCUGAAUAUUUAAAAAUAAUCUGAGAUCCUCAUGGACAAACA